AUGGCAGAGGUCCUUGGUGCCGUUGCGUCCGGCCUUGCCUUGGCUGAAAUCGCACUGAAGCUCAAAGGUCUUGUGAAUCAAAUCAGUGAUGCUCCUGCGACGUUGGAGUUUCUCGUCAAUCAAGUCGAAACCUACGCUGGCGUCCUCGACGGGUUGGAGUUGGGCGAAAAUCGCGACGGUGGAAUCCCUCCAUCGCUUCAUUCUUCCCUACGAGUCGCCGCUCUUCAGUGCCAGAAUGCCGUCGACCAGUUAUCUCUUGUGGUAAGAGAUCUUUCGGCACUGAGCAAGACUUCUUCUCGACGCCGCAAAAUGGCAGCUAUAAGAUUUGUGCUUCGAAAAGACUCGAUUGCUCAAUUUGAGCAUCGACUGCAAACAGCUGUCCAGUGUCUUGCCUUAGCACAUCAGCUAUACAUGUUUGCCUGGCAAAAGACACAGCUGCCUGAUGCCAUAAUAUCACGAUUGCAAAGCCAGCAUAUGCCCUCUGCACCCAAAGCGUCGAUCACAACAGUUGGGAACAUGACAGGGCUAGCGAUGAACGCAUGGUCUGAAGCAGCCUCUGCUGGAGCGAGCCAGCCCAUAUCCAGGGAUACCGCGCUCAGACGCAGAACUGCCCUACUGCCCGACGCACGCGGCCCUGAGUGGCCACCAGAAGGCCGGGUCGAUGAAGAUGAAGAUGAAGAUGAUACAGCAUUGGUUGGCCCCUCGCAGCGUCCUGGCAAGGUACACCCGUACCGCAAAGCCAAACAAUUUCGAAGAAAACUCCAUUUCUCGACGUGGUCGUAUUCCUAUGUUUUCGAGAUGCUCUUUCAACAGAGUUACACAGGAUGGAAAGCCUCGCUUGCUGUAUACAAUAUAUACGAUUAUGGUGAUUCUAGUCAUUGGGAGGACGCUUUGGAUUUCAUCUCGACCAAUGAAGUCUCCGAGCUUUAUCAAGCAUUCGAGCGCAGAAAAUAUACCCCACGAGAUCGUUUUGUUCGUCCAGAUGGAUACACGGUUUCUUUCGCCGAGAUUGCGUCAGCAUACCAACUUUGGGAAGUUUGCAAUUUCCUCUUGGAUAUCAAUCCUGAAGUAAUUGACCUAAGGGUGGGAUAUACGGUUAAUCUUCCCCAAGAUGCGGACUGCAUACGACAGCAGCAGAUCCUUCUGAAGCGGGAUCUCCUAUCAGACAACGCUCGUUUUGCAAUAUUGGCUCAGUUCAUUGGAGACGCGGUCUCUUUUGAUCAACUCAGACGUCAAUGCUGGCCUGAUGAUGAAUUUUACCAUGAUUCAUUCCUCAUUCACCGGAACCGACUGGCGUGGUACGUUGCCUUAGAUGCGCCCCAGUGUGACUCAUCACCCGAAAUCUUUCGCCACAUUCUAUCGCCUCAGGGUUCUCUGAGACGUCAGGAUAUAUACUCUGGUGAACUUAAUUUGCAAUUUUGCGACGACGCUUUGCUUCAUGCUGUAGCAUCGAACGUUGCAGACGGGGCAUGGUGCAGCUUGGAGAAUCUGCGGCGCAAAGGAACGACUACAUUGCAAACAUCAACGGUGAAAAAGUGGACCUUUAUUGCAUACGACAUUAUAUCACUGGUUGAUGAUUACCAUGUGUUAGCUCAAGCAGAAAUGGGUGGCAAUCAAACCGCAUUGUUUGCGUUGCUAUUUCGUUCGUUCAAAUUCGGAUCAGAGCGAAUGUCCAUGCAUAAAAGUCUUCGCCGAUGCGACAUUGGGUUACAAGCGUGGCUCAAGAUGCUACAGAGCAGCGGGGUUGAUCUAAUGAGGUAUGGCGAAAGAGAAACAGAGCUCGUUGGUAUCGAAACAUUUGCGAGGCAGUUUGAGAUGCAAACCGAUAGUGUCGGGUGCUGGUGGCAUGAUCCUGUGGGCAUUGAACUUAUUGGCUUUCAGUACGGGCCAGAGGUUGAAGAUUGGAAGCUCUGGUGGUCAGAGCCAACCGAUGUGUUCGCCGGAGACUUUUGGAAGCUGAUUGAGCCUCCCUAUCAGCCAAUUCCAGGGGCUUGGGUUGAAGACUGA